ACAUCAGAGAGCUUAGAUGUUCUAGAAGGAGAGACCUGCCAGCGGACAAAACAGAGAAAAAGUAUGGAAUUCUACAUGGAGGAUCUGUCUCUCUCUGGAUCUGCAAGACAAGAUCCAUUCUAGGUACGAGAUAAAAUUAAUUCAGUUAAUCUAAGGUGACAAACUUGAAGUGGCUACGCGAUGUCUAGAUAAAAGAAUGAUGGUAGCUUCAGAUACAAUUAUUUAUUUUAUGAUUCUGGCCUUGUACACACAAUCACGUCAGUCAAGCGAGAAUACGCAUGAGACCCUCUUCCAAUUCGGUGGAAGUGUGUUUCCAAGAUGUACAGAGGGUUCCACCGUGAUUCAGACGACACUGGGAAUGCUGAGACCUAAACGAUUGACUGAACGACACCGGCUUAUUGCUCAAAGGAGUUCCUGCUUCGAUCACUAGUGAUAUAACUCUCUACCUCUUGCAGCGUUUCUAGGUCAGUCAUCUGCCAUGGCCACGACUGAAGAGCUCGUAACGCAUCAAGGAGGGUGUCACUGCAAGCGAGUGAGGUGGAAGGUGAGGGCACCAUCGAAGGUAGUGUGCUGGGAUUGCAACUGCACCAUCUGUCUCAUGCGCCAAAAUCUGCACUUCAUCGUUCCUGCGUCUCAGUUCGAGUUGGAGAAGAGCUCAGAGGAGUGGCUUACUCUGUACACAUUCGAGACUCACCAGGCCAAGCACCUGUUCUGCAAGGUCUGUGGAAUUCUAUCAUUCUACGUCCCCCGCUCGAACCCAGACGGCUAUGCCGUGACGGUGCGGUGUGUGGACCCUGGAACUAUCGAGAUCGGCCGAAUCCAUACGUUCGAUGGUCAGAAUUGGGAAAGUUCCUACUCUCAAUCCAAUAUUUCCGCUAGUUCCAAACAAUGAGAACGAGUCUGUUCAGGCAGAAGGACAUUGUGAACAGACUGCUCACAAGUUUACAAUCGUGAACUGAUGUUUGAGUUAAAUGCAAUAAAGUUUUUCCGAAAAGAUGCAAAUCUGAUGUUUCUGGCUUGAAGAUAGCCUCUAGCUCUGAAAGAUUAUUUGUUACCAGAUCAUGUUUACGACAAGAUGUAGGUAACAGGACCCAGAUUUAGACAUGAUCCAUUUCUUCG